UAGGUUAAUCAGUUUGGUUCCUCGCUUUUCGUUUGAUUCGGUUUGAUUGUAAACCCAAAAGAAAAGCGGUCGGUUUCAGUAUCCUCUUUCACUUGACUUCUCGUCUUCCUUGUCUCCAGAUUCUUUCUACUUUUUUCACUGUUGUUUCUCCGUUUGUUUUCCUUUUUCUCUUGCGGCUCGCUCAUCCUUUUACUACUAAACACAAUUGACGACAUCUCUAAGCUUUAGCCAGAUUCGUGUGUAGGCUGUGUUAUGUGUUUGUCUUUGCGUUCGGAGCGCAUCUUAAUCUGAAGGAAUUAUUGUUUGUUUCUGUUCACGGAAAUGGAACGAAAACGCAUAUAUUGUCUUAUGGUAUGAAUGAGGAUAGGAUCAGUGAGUUGCCUGAAGCUUUGCUCCUGCAUAUAUUGUCUUAUGUUCCAACAAAAGAUGUCAUAGCAACGAGUGUUUUGUCCAAACGGUGGAGAUCUCUUUGGAAGAUGGUGCCAAAGCUCGAGUUUGAAUUUGAUAUGGAACAUGUCUCUUCAGAGGCUGUUUACAGGUCGCUGAUUUUGCAUAAAGCUCCAGUUCUGGAAAGUUUGCAUUUGGACAUCGAAGAUACAAAAGGUCGUUCGGAUAUUGGUUUCUUGAUUGGAAUUGCAUUUUCACGCCAUGUGCGUGAAUUGGUGUUGCAUCUCUUCCGUGAGGAUCAAGAGACAGUAAAGUUUCCAAGUGUAUUGUGUAGCUACAACAAUACACUCGAGGUAUUAAACUUCCCUUCUCGGGUUUGUUUCAAUGCCCCUAGAAAGCUGCAUCUUUACUACGUGGAAUUCAAAGAUGAAGAAUCUGUUUGCAACCUUUUUUCUGGCUGCCCUAGGCUUCAAGAUUUGGUUGUGAAACGAUAUAGCAAUGCAAAUGUGGAGACUUACUCUAUUGCAGUGCCAUCACUGCAGAGGCUAACCAUAGAAGAGGAUUGUAGCACAGAUGUAAAUGAUGGAGGCUAUGUGAUUAAUGCACCAUCUUUGAAGUACUUGAGCAUCGAAUGCCUCGGUUUUAUUGACUUCUGUCUAAUUGAGAAUGCGCCAGAGCUGGUGGAAGCAAAUAUCAAAAAUGUUUCUCAUAUAGCCAAUGAGAACAUCAUUGCAUCUCUAACUUCACCCAAAUGUCUUUCCUUUCACUUACCCUUAGAGAUUAAGUGUCCUACUGGUAGCAUCUUCUAUCAGCUGGUCUCUUUGGAGCUGCAUAUAAAUGAAAUAAAUGGGUGGAAUCUACUUUCCUUCAUGCUCGAUAGCUCUCCUAAAUUGCAAAUCCUCAAGCUCUUUGGUUCAUAUCGUUAUCGUGAACGUUCUCCAGUGAGCUGGGAAUGGACUCAGCCGAAAUGUGUACCAAAAUGUCUGUUGCUUCAUCUGGAGACAUUGGUGUGGACAAGAUACGGAUGGCAACGAGAAGAUGAGAAACAAGUGGCCACUUACAUCCUCAAGAAUGCUAAACAGUUGAAGAAAGCAACUUUCUACCCAACAUGCGUCGGGGCCGAACAGCUGGAAAAGUUGGAAAAGAGGCGAGAGAUGCUCAACGAGUUGGCUAGUGUGGCCAGAGGGUCGACCUCAUGUCACCUUUUGUUCGAAUCCAAAUGAUCUCUAGAAUGUUUACUGCUGUUUUGGCAAAUGGGAAAUCCUCAAACUUCUUGAAUCUUUCAAAAAGUCUAGUGGAUUGUUAAGUGGUAAGAGUCUGGUGCAUUUUGAUGAUUAAACGUUGUUGGGUUGUUGGUAAAGACUGUUGUGACAUCUAUUUAAGCUUUUGGUAAUUUGGAAAUGGAACUGAGGCUGAUGUCAAAAUUCAUUGC